AUGACUACAGAUGCAUUAAAAAGAGCGUUGGCAAAGAAAAAAAAGUUAACAAGAGAGGAGAGAUUAAAAGCAACAAUCAGAAAGAAAAUUGAUAAACAUGCUGAAAGAAAAGUUUUAAUGGAUCAAUUACAAACUAAUUCAAUGAGUGAAAAAAAUAGAGAAUUGUUAAAAACCUCAGCAAGUAUUGGUAGUAAAGAAACUAAUAAAGCAUCUAUUGAAAGACAAAAGAAAGAAGCAGAAUUAAAUGUUGUAGGAUUAAUACCAAAAGAUAUAAAAUAUUUUAAAGAUGCAGAUAUAAAUAAAAAAGUGAUUAGACCAGAGAAAAUAUCAGAUGAUUGGGAUGACUAUUUAGAACCAAUCAUUGAAAAGAGUACACCAAUUGAAAUACCACAAUUGGAACCAGAAACUCUAGAUAGAAUCGAAUUUGAUAAACAACAUAAAGCAAUUGAAAAACGUAGAGAAGAGAAAUCAAAAAAGAAAUUCUUCUUUUGGAAAGAUCAAGAUGUUGAAAGAGAUUAUCAAGAAUAUAAUGAUUCUCAUCAAGAUAAAGGUUCCUAUUUAAAAGAUCAACAAAAAGAACAAGAUGAUUCUGAAGAUGAAAAUACAAUUGAAUUAAAUAGUACAAAUAAAAAUGUUGAAAUUAAAAAACAUAAUAAUAAACAUACUAAAGAUAAUAAUAAAGAAGAACAACAACCACCACCACCACCACCACCACCACAACCUGAAACAGAACAAAAAAAGAGAAAAACAAUUGAACAAUCUGAAAAUGAUACUAAAAAGAAAAAGAAAGUAAAUGAUAAUAAUAAGACACAAACUACAACAACCACAACUACUACUACAACAACUACUACUACACAAUCAAAUAUAAAUACAAUUAAAACAAAAACAAAUGAAAAUAAAAAACAAAAUAAAAAACAAAAAAAUAAAGUUGAAGAAAAAGUUAAAGAAGAAGAAGAAGAAGAAGAAAUUAAAAAGGAGGAAUUGGAAGAAAUUGCUAAUCAAGUUAAUAGUGAAAUUGAUAGAUAUAAUUAUUCAAUUGAAGUAUUUGGUAAAGAGGAAGAAGAGAAUAGGGAAGUAUUUUUAAGUACAAAGACAGGUAUUGAAACUAUUGAAGAUGCAAUGAGUGAAGAGGUUGAUGCAAAACCAAUUGAAUAUAAUGUAUUUAAUGUUAAAGUUGAACGUAAACCAGAGAUUGAUGCAGUUAGAGAUAAUUUACCAAUUAUGUUGGAAGAGCAUAGUAUUGUUGAAAAAAUUAAAGAUAAUGAUGUGGUAAUCAUUUGUGGUGAAACAGGGUCUGGUAAAACUACCCAAGUCCCACAAUUCCUAUAUGAAAGUGGUUUUGGUCAUCGUGAAAGUGGUGAUUUCCCAGGAAUUAUUGGUGUAACUCAACCAAGAAGAGUGGCUGCUGUUUCAACAGCAAAACGUGUCGCUGAAGAGUUAAACGUUGAGUUUGGUAAGGAAGUGGGUUACCAAAUUCGUUAUGAUAAGAAAUUAGAUAGUAGUGUUAAUAAAAUCAAAUUUAUGACUGAUGGUAUCUUAAUGAGAGAGGUUCAAACUGAUUUCCUCCUAUCACAAUAUUCUUCAAUUUUAAUCGACGAAGCACACGAACGUAAUUUAAAUACUGAUAUUUUAAUUGGACUUUUAUCAAGAAUUGUACCAUUAAGAAAGAAAUUAUAUUUAAAAUCAUUGGCUACUAAUAAAGCCAAUGGUACCAUUGGUGUGGAUAUGAUUUACCCAUUGAAAUUAGUGGUGAUGUCAGCAACUUUAAGAGUUGAAGAUUUUACAAAGAAUAAAACUUUAUUUUCUAGACCACCACCAGUCAUCAAUAUACCAACUAGACAAUUCCCUGUUACAAUCCAUUUCAAUAAGAAAACUGAAUUAGUUAACUAUAUCGAUGAAUGUUAUAAAAAAGUGGUGAAAAUUCAUAAAAACCUACCAUCUGGUGGUAUUUUAGUUUUCGUUACAGGUAAACAAGAAAUUGAAUAUCUUUGUUCAAAAUUAAGAAGAGCUUUCCCAAUUAAAGCAAUCAAUAAAUCUUUUAAAGUUGAAAUUGAUAAAAUUAAUCAACAAUUUAAAUCUGAUGAUCAAGAAAAUCAAAAUAAUAUUAAAUCAAGUAAUUUAGUUUAUGGUGAUGCUGAAGAUUUUGAUUUUGAUAAUACUGUUGAUGAUACUUUUAAUAUUGAUAAUCAUGAUGAUGAUGAUGAUAAUGAUAAUGAUGAUGAUAAUGAUGAUAUUGAAAAUUUAGAUGUUUUAAAUGAUGAUCAAUUUAUUGUUAAUGAUGAAGAAGAAGUAGAGGAAGAAGAAGUUGAAGAAGAGGAGGUUGAAGAAGAGGAGGUUGAAGAAGAGGAGGUUGAAGAAGAGGAGGUUGAAGAAGAGGAGGUUGAAGAAGAAGAAGUUGAAGAAGAAGAAGUUGAAGAAGAAGAAGAAGUUGAUGAAAAUGAAAAUAAUAAUAAUAAUAAUAAUGAAGAUGAAGAUGAAUUUGAAAUUGGUAAAGAAGAUAUAAUUACAGAAGAUGAUGAAAAACCAGCAGGACCAUUAUUUGUAUUACCAUUAUAUUCAACAUUACCAACAUCAAAACAAAUGAGAGUUUUUCAAACACCACCAUUAGGAUCAAGAUUGGUAGUAGUUGCAACAAAUUUGGCAGAGACAUCAUUAACAAUACCAAAUAUUAAAUAUGUAGUUGAUACAGGUAGAGUUAAACAAAGAUAUUAUAAUAAGGAUAAUGGUAUUAGUAGUUUUGAAGUUGGUUGGACAUCUAAAGCAUCAGCAGAUCAAAGAGCAGGUAGAGCAGGUAGAACAGGUCCAGGUCAUUGCUAUAGAAUUUAUUCAAGUGCUGUUUUCAAUGAUCAUUUCCAACAAUUUUCAAAACCUGAAAUUUUAAUGAUCCCAAUCGAUGGUAUGAUAUUACAAAUGAAAAGUAUGGGUAUUCAAAAAAUUACAGGUUUUCCAUUUCCAACACCACCUGAUGAAUCUUCUUUGAAAUUGGCAUUACGUACUUUAAUUAAUUUGGGUGCUUUAGAGGUUAAAACUUUUUCAAUCACUGAAUUGGGUAUGAAAAUGUCACAAUUUCCAGUUUCACCACGUCAUUCUAAAAUGUUAUUAUUAGGUCAAGAGCAUAAUUGUUUACCUUAUAUCAUUGCAAUCGUUUCAAUUUUAACUGUUAAAGAUCCAUUUUUAAAAGAAGCCUAUGAAGCAAAUCAAAAUAAUGAUGAAAAUGAUGAUAACAAUGAAAAACAACAAAUUGAUUCAUCAUCACAAAGUGAAAAAGAAUUUAUUGAAAAAGAAAAAGAAGAAAGACAAAAACAUCUUCAACGUCUUAGAAAUAGUAUGAGAAAAUGGUUACACAAAGAAUCUGAUCUUUUAUCAAUUUUAAAAGUUGUUGGUGCUUAUGAUUACCAAAUUAGAAAAUCACCAAAAGAUAUUGAUCAUUUUUGUUCUCAAAACUUUUUAAAUACAAAAUCAAUGUCUGAAAUUCAUAAACUUCGUCAUCAAUUAACAGAGAUUGUAAAUUCAAUUAAUCAAACCAAUCAUGAAUUAGAUCCAAUUUCAAAUCCAAUUAUAACUUUAGUUAAUCCUGAUCAAUCAAUUAAACCACCAACUCAAAAACAAGAAUUAUUCAUUAAACAAGUUAUAACAGCUGGUUUAAUUGAUCAAAUUUCAAAAGUUAAAGAAACUCAAUCAAUCACUGGUAAAAAUCAUCCAAAACAUUUAAUUGAAUAUCAAACUUGCACAACCUCAUAUUCAAAUAGUAGUGGUGGUGGUGAUGGAACAUGUUUCAUUCAUCCAACUUCAAAUUUAGGUGGUGUUAAUACUCAAGCUGAAUAUGUAAUCUAUUGUGAUAUCAUUGAAACUUCAAGACCAUAUAUGAAGUUGGUUACAGAGAUUAAUCCAUCUUGGUUACCAUUAUUGGGUAAACCAUUAUGUUCAGAGUUUAAACCAUUGGAACAACCUGCACCUCAUUAUUCACUAAAACACGAUCGUGUUAGAUGUUGUAUCAAACCAAAUUAUGGUGUUCAUCAUUGGGAAUUGCCAAUGCUAAAAAUUGAUCAUCCUGAUAAAUUGGAAUCAAUACGUUACUUUGCCAAGGCUUUACUAGAGGGCGAAGUUUUCUCACCUCUAAAAUAUCUAUUACCCUAUUUAAAUACAAAUCCUUCAAUUAUCGUUCAAAUGAAUACUCAAUCAAAAGUUUAUCAAUUAAUUUCAACCCUCAAAUCAAAAGGUAUCUCAACCAAAGAAAAACUCUUACAACAAUGGAUUGAAAAUCCAAAUUAUCUAUUUGAUCAAUAUUUAUCUUGGUUAAAUAUUAAUACAAUUAAACCAAACAUUUUAAAAUCAAUGUGGCCACCUUUAGAUACUGUUAAAAUUAAUCCUUUAUUAAUUAAAUAA